GUAGAAACGCUAGGUAAACCCCACGGAGACUGUGACAAAUCUGUGAAGCUUAACAACUACGAAAUAUAUACGGUCGCCGGGUGCUUACUGGAGUGCCGGUAUAAACGCAUUGUCGAAGAGUGUGAUUGCAGACCUAUUCGAUACCCAGGUGAUGAGCCAGAAUGUAGCCCAUUGAAAACAGACGUCUGCGGAGCAGGGGUGCUCGAGAAACUAAAAAACGGAUCUCUGGCAGAAUGCGAGUGUCCAGUUCCUUGUGCGUACACAUCGUUCUCAACGUCUGUCACUUAUGCCGACAUUCCUAACCUAUCUGUAGUUAAUGAAAUCUACAAGCUUUAUGGAAUUUCUGCAACAACCUUCACGAAAAAUUAUAUCUUGCUGGAUGUAUAUUAUGAGGAGCUGAACUUGCAAGUCUUCAAACAAACUCCAGCAAUGACGUUCUCAGCUCUACUUAGUGACAUCGGAGGUCAAUUGGGGCUGUUUAUUGGCGGAAGUGUCAUCACUCUCUUUGAAGUUGGUCAGUACUUUUCUAUGAAGGGUCAUUCUGUUUGCUGUAACAAAAGCAGGUCUACCAAAACUAAAUCGCAUACAAAUAGUUCUGGUGUAUCUGGUCCAGCAUCGGUUGACAGCAAGGGUACUUUCGGUGACAAUGCCACAUUGGAAAUGAUCUGA